GGACGGAACGCUUCUUUCAUCAGCUGCAACAGUUAGUCAGACACCUCGGUAGCUUGAUAGACAAAUAGCCGAACCAAUAAAGCUCUUUAGACGCUUUCGUGUUUAUUAGCCACUGUAUUUUAAACUCACUACUCUUGUCUAGUUAGUUAUCCGAUUUAAUUUCAUAUUUACGGUGUUGUUAUUAGUCAGCUAGCGGGCUGGUUAAGUUAGCAUUAGCCUAGCUAGCUAACAUCUCUGACCAUGAGUUCACUAAGCUGCUCUCCUCCUGAUAAAGAAGAGGUGGUCUGCUGGACGGAGAAAGAAGCUCUGGUGAAAGAGGAGGAGGAAGUUACAAUACAAAAACAAGUAGAGGGUGAGGCUGUUACGGUGAAAGAAGAAGAGAAAGACGUCUCAGUUAAAGAAGAGGAAGAUACGUUCAGAGUGAAAGAGGAGGAGGAUGUUACAGUAAAAGAAGAGGAGGAAGAGAAAGAGGAGGAUGCGGUUUUUGGAGUGAAAGAGGAGGAGGAGGAGGUGACUGUCACAUCCAAAAAGGAGGAGGAAGAAGACGAGGAAACUGGAUAUCUGUGCCCGGUUUCCCAAAAGCAUAUUCAGGCGUCCAAUGGUUCUAACAAUGAAUUUAGCCGUAAGAUGGUUUUGAGAAACCGGGCCCUGAUUAACACUAGAGAGAGACGGGACUAUCGUGGAUCCUCUGGGGAGCCUCAACAACCUCAUGAUGCUGACAAGGCAGAGAAGAGUCUCUCCACAUUAGAACACCCCAAGAAACACCUGCAGAGAUCCACAGGGAAGAGAACUCUCUGCUGCUCUGACUGUGGGAAGAGAUUCACCUCAUCAGGCAUUACAAUUCAUCAGCGAACACACACAGGGGAGAAAUCUUAUAGCUGUGAUCAAUGUGGGAAGAGUUUUACUACAUCUGGAUCUCUGACUUUACACCAGAGAACACACACAGGAGAUAAAUCCUAUAGCUGUGAUGAAUGUGGGAAGAGUUUUGCCCAAUCUGGAGCGCUGACAGUAGCAGGUUCAACCUGA